AUGUCCCCCUUGUCGCCCAGUCUGGGCGGUAUACCUGUCAAGUGGAGGAAGAUGUCCGAGACGGGGACGGGGGCCUUUAGGAACCGGAUCCCAACACAGCUUCGGCGGUCCCUCCCCCUCUACGCCGUCAUCGUCGUCCUCUUCUUCUUCAUGCUCAACGCCCACGUCUUCACAUUAUCCCCAUCCGCCAGCAGCAUAAUAAGCCACCAAACCACACAGAAAGCCCUCAACGGGCAACAAGCCGACGUCCAUGGCUUCCCCAAGAAGAUCUGGCAAUCCUGGAAGGUCGACCCCUACAACAUGGCCACGCGCGACCUCGACACCGCCAAGACCUGGACCACCAAAAACCCAGGCUACCGCUACGAGGUUUUGACGGAUAACAACGACAUGGUCUACGUGGAAGAGCAAUACGGUCCCCAGGGGAUCAACCGCCCGGACAUCAUCGACUUCUACCGCGCCGUCAACAUCUCCAUCAUCAAAGCCGACUUGCUCCGGUACCUCAUCAUGUACGCCGAAGGCGGCGUCUACGCCGACAUCGACGUCGAGGAUCUCCGGCCCAUCAAGCGUUUCGUGCCCGAACGCUACUGGGACUCGCUCUCCGAAAUCGACAUGGUAGUCGGCAUCGAGAUCGACCAGCCCGAAUUCAAAGACCACCCAAUCUUGGGCAGCAAAUGCAUGUCCUUCUGCCAAUGGACAUUCACGUGCAAGCCUCGUUUGCCCGUAAUGCUGAACCUAGUCGAAAACAUCAUGACCUGGCUCAACUCCCUCGCUGCAAAACAACAAGUCCACCUCUCGGAACUCCAACUCGACUUUGACGAAGUCAUCUCCGGCACCGGGCCGUCGGCAUUCACCAUCGCUUUGCUGAAAGAAAUGAACCGCAUCUCUCCUCAAGGCCAAAAGGAAAUAACCUGGGACAAUUUCCACGCCAUGGACGAAUCCAAAGUCGUUUCCCGCGUCUUGGUCUUAGACGUCGAAGCCUUCGCCGCCGGCCAGGGGCACUCCGACUCGGGUAACCACAACGCCCGCGGCGCGCUCGUCAAACACCACUACCACGCCAGCAACUGGCCCUCCAAACACCCGCGCUACGCACACCCCGUGUACGGCGAGGUCGAGAGAUGUAAUUGGGACUUGGCCUGCGUGCAGAAGUGGGAUCACGACGUCGAAGCUUACAAGUCUCUUUCCAUUGAAGAACAAAAUAAAAUCAAGGAGUUGAGGAGGAUAGAACUCGAAAAACAGCGCGAGCAGCAACUGAAGGAACAGGAGCAGGCGAUCAGGCUGGAGCAAUUUGGCGAGGCGGUGAGGAAGGCGGAGGAGGAGCAGAAGAGACGGGAUGAGUUGGAACGGGAGAUGAAAGAGAGGAUGAGGGUCGAGGAUCAGGCGCUGAAGCCGCUGCAUCCGGAGCAGGCCGGUAGUGACGAGAAGAAAGAGGGCGAGGGCUUGAUUAUGUUUGGGGGACGGCCGGUGCCGGGGCAGGAGAAGAAGCCGCAGGAGAAGGAGCAGCACCAGGCGGAUGGUGAGGAGAAGCGAAAGGAGCAGAAUGGGCAGCAGCCGGUGUUUGGGGAGCCGGCGCCUGCUCAGGGGCCUUUUGGCGGGCUGUGA